AUGACGGGGGAGGCUGAAGAAGAGAUUUGGGCCCAGCUGAUUUCAUUAAUUGUCAGCGUGGGCCGGAGCCGGCAGCGGGGGGUGGUCGGUAGUGGGGGGCCAGAGGGCCCCUUGGGGGGCGCAGUGAAGGAGGAAGGGGGGCAGAUCAGUGACUCUCUGUGUCUCCGUCCCAGGCUGGACCAGGGCUGGAUCUUGAGGCAGCUGAAGCUGGUGCAGAGCUGCCCCUGGGCGCAUAAUGCCAGCGCCCUGGGCCAGUACAGGGAACAGCUGGGAGGCUGCUGUAACGCUUCAGCCGACCUGGUGCUGACCCAGAACAACACCCAGCUGGGCUCCCAGAUCGUCUAUGACGCACAGCGGGACAAGAAGCAUCCAGUGAAGGAGGAGCUGCUGGAGAUGCUGCCGCAGGUCUCCCCAUUUCAGGGUGCCCCCUACGAGUGCUGUGCCGUGGUGGGGAAUGGGGGGAUCCUUCAUAACAGUGGCUGUGGCCCCGAGAUCGACCGCGCCCAGUUCGUCAUCAGGUUCAACCUGCCCCCCAUGGACAAUGCUGACGACGUGGGCACCAAAUCGAGCGUCGUCACCAUGAACCCCAGCAUCCUGCACGCCCGGUUCAGGGGUCUGAGCCGCUGGCGCCGACCUUUCGCGGAGGUGGUGGGUGCCUAUGGGGCCCCGCUGCUCCUCAUCCCGGCCUUCAGCUACGUCGGCCAGAGCACAGUCUCGUUCCAGGCACUCUACACCCUGGAGGACUUCGGCUCCCCAGCCCGCGCCGUCUUCAUGAACCCCGAGUACCUGGCACGGCUGGACGGGCACUGGCGUCCCCGUGGCCUGCGCGCCAAACGCCUCUCCUCGGGCUUCAUGCUGGUGAGCGCUGCCCUGGAGCUGUGCCAGCACCUCACCCUCUACGGCUUCUGGCCCUUCCCCACCGACCCCGAGGGGCGGCCCCUUCUCCACCACUACUAUGACAACCAGCCCCCCAAGCCAGGUGCUCACGCCAUGCCCGACGAGUUCACCCGCUACCUGGGCAUGCACAUGCAGGGCGCGCUGCGGCUGCAUCUGGGGCGCUGCCGGUAAGGAGCUUAGCAGCGAACGCUGGAUGGAAUGAGGUGGCCCGGCGCCACCAUUGCAGGCAGGGCUUGAAGGAAGAAAUGAAGGCUGGCCUGGCCCGGGUAGAGCCACUCUCCGCCCUAGACGCCCUGGUCCAGCCAGGCCUCAGCAUCGACGAUCGCCUGGCCCACCGCCAACCAGAAAGGCAGGCCAGUGUUUGACCCGCACCGAAGUCAACCCGGCCGUAGAGAUGCAGAAAAGA